AUGGAUUUAACAUUCCCUUAUACUGCAGAGCAUAAAAUAGAAGAUGCUGGUAUAGCAUGCAUAACUGAAAAAAAAGAAGAAAUCAAACAUGAAAAAAAUCCGGGAAAAAGCACAAAACACUCAAAACCAUGUGUGGACCGAAGACGUGUAAAUUAUGCUAAAUUCAUAUACACAAAUGAAAGAACAUACAAUGAGCCAGUUCCCUACAUUGACUGUAAGGGGCCAGAAAAGCAGAGAAAAUGGUGGUUACAUAGUGAAGCACCAAAACAUGUUUUCCAACCAUCUUAUGACACCAAGAGCACCCAGCGGAGUGACUUCCAAAAGCCAGCAUGCCCACUGGUUUCCCCAGUCAAACACAGCAGCAUGCAAAAGCCUUCUUCUGGAAUAGUUCCACUGACCUGUGUCGGUGUAUCAGAAGACCAUGAAAGCAAUUUUGUGGAAUAUAUUUCUUUUAUACAUCAAUAUGAUGCCAGGAAAACUCCCAAUGAGCCCAUCCGGGGAAAGAGGCACGGAACCUUCGUGCAGAGAAAGAUAAAGCCCAGGACUGUGCUGAUAGCUCCUAAGGAACCAGAGGUAUUAUUGAACACUCCAGAGUCAGCUUCAUCAGAACAACCCCAAAACACAGAACAAGGAAAUUCAUCCGGAGACGGAGUGACCUCACCAGGCCUCUGCCAACAGAAUCCCCAAGCACUGAUGGAGACUUAGAGCAGCUUAUCAGACCAGAAGGCAGCCCAGCAGGCAGGCCUAGGAGCCAGGGUAUGGCAGAGGACUGAACGCAUGUGGCUCUCAACUGUAGGGCAAGCUCUUCUCACCAGGCAGCCUUUAAGCCCACUAAUAAAAAAGUCAGGAACAAAAGCGAUCGUCUCUGUCUUUCAAACACAGAGGCUGGGUGCCUGCAGGCACACACCUGCUGUCACAGCUGCCUAUAUCAUCCAAUACAUUUCAGAUAUGCCCAUGGUGGGCGAGGGUGGAGGCAGCUUUGGUGGCAUCUCCUGGGAGAACAACAUCAAUGCCAGCAGCACAGUGGCUUUGCCAGGAGGCUGA